AUGAUGUCGAUGAACAGCAAGCAGCCGUUCAGCAUGCACCCCAUCCUGCACGAGCCCAAGUACAACCCUCUGCACUCCAGCUCGGAGGCGAUCCGCAGGGCCUGCCUGCCCACUGCAUCGCUCCAGGGCAACAUAUUCGCGGGCUUCGAUGAGACUCUGCUGCAGAGGGCCGAGGCUCUGGCCGCGGUGGACCUCGUGGCCCAGAAGAGCCACCCCUUCAAACCGGACGCCACCUACCACACCAUGACCACCAUGACCAGCAUGGCCUGCACCCCCAACUCCUCCUCCGGCCACCUGCACCACCCGUCCGUGCUCACCUCCCACCACCACCCGGGCCACCACCAGUCGGCCCAGGGCCUGAACGACGACCUGCUGGACCACCUCACGCCGGGCAUCUCCCUGGGAGGCAUGUCCGGCUCGGACGUCUGCAGCUCGGCGUCGCACACCGCCCACGCGGCGCACAUGUCGGCCAUCAACCACAUGCAGCACCACCACCACCACCAGCAGCAGUCCAUGAACAUGCACCAGCACGCGCUGUCCCACAGCUCCCUGGGGGGCGGCGUCCUGGACUCGGAGCCCGACCCGCGGGAGCUGGAGUCGUUCGCGGAGCGGUUCAAGCAGAGGCGGAUCAAACUCGGGGUGACGCAGGCGGACGUGGGCUCGGCGCUGGCCAACCUCAAGAUCCCCGGCGUCGGUUGCCUGAGCCAGAGCACCAUCUGCAGGUUCGAGUCCCUGACGCUGUCGCACAACAACAUGGUGGCCCUGAAGCCCAUCCUGGAGGCCUGGCUGGAGGAGGCGGAGCGCGCGCAGCGGGAGAAGAUGUCCAAGCCGGAGAUCUUCAACGGCGGCGACAAGAAGAGGAAACGGACCUCCAUCGCGGCCCCGGAGAAGCGCUCCCUGGAGGCCUACUUCGCCGUGCAGCCGCGGCCCUCGUCGGAGAAGAUCGCCGCCAUCGCCGACAAACUGGACCUGAAAAAGAACGUGGUCCGGGUCUGGUUCUGCAACCAGAGGCAGAAGCAGAAACGAAUGAAGUUCUCUGCGACGCACUAA